AUGUUUGUGCAUUUGCUGUCCUCAGCUGAUCCAGAGGCUCGGACUCUUCUGGACCAGCAGACUCCUCUUCACUAUGCUGCCAAGAACGAUGCUGCAGGUUCAAUCAGACUGCUGCUGCAGGCCGGAGCGUCCAUCAGCUGCAUCGACUACAAACACAGGACGCCACUACAGCUUGCUGCCAACAUGGAGCGCAGUGAAGCGGCCCGGGUAUUGUUGGAGCUUGGGGCGGAGGCUGGAAUGAUGGACUCUGAUGGACAGCUCUGCAUCACUGCUCUGAUCGGUCGGAUGAGCCCUGUGGCCUUGCAGGCACUCAGUCAGUUCCAUGUGACCGACAGGUUGACCAGACAACAGUUCUAUUACCUGAACCUGCUGGAACCAGAACCUCACAAGACACCCCUGCAAGAAGCUGUCAUGAAUGAGCCAACAUCUCCACUGGAGGUUGCUGUGCACCAGGGGAAACUGGACCUCAUCAUGCAUCCAGUCUUUCUCAAACUGAUAGAGAUCAAAUGGAAGCUACACGGCAGGUUGGGGGCUUGGCUUCUCCUCAUCCUCAACAUCCUGUUCAAUGUCUCCUGGACGACUGUGGCCAUCUCUGUAUCUGUCCACAAAGACUCACCUGAUCGCUACACCCUUCCAGAGGACUGGUGGCGGGUCUUCUCUGUGGUCCUGGCACUUCUACUGACUCUGGAGGAGGUGCUGAGGGAGGUGCAGGACAUCCUGUGUUCAAGGAAGAGAGCCAACCUUUGGCGACAGUGGGCGGAUCAGCGUCUCCAUGAUGACCUGCAAUGCUCACACCCGAUGUGGCCUCAGGAGAGAGUUUUCCUUUCUGAUCAGAACAAACGGAUUUACAAAAUGAGAGGAAACUACCGCCGGGAUCUAUGGAAUGUGUUUGAUUGGGUGGUGUACUCCCUGCUCACGGUGUCGUUCAGCAUCCACAUGGUAGACGUGUUUCGUCCCUCUGCCAGUCUUCAUACGAUCAGUCUGCGUCUGUUCUCCGUCACCAUUAUCUUCCUAUGGCUGCGGCUGAUGAAGCAUGUGCGAGCCUUCAGGUUGAUGGGUCCGUUCAUCGUCAUGUUGGGGAACAUUGUCGGGGAUGUGAUGUGUUUCCUGUUCCUGUAUGCUGAAAUCUUUAUUCCCUACGCCUGCAGUUUCUGGAUUAUAUUUGGAGGCACCUCAUCGGUUCCCAGCAUGCAAUCUGUCUCCGGCUUGUUGUUCAGUCUGUACCGCAUCACACUGGUGGAUGAGUACGAGUACACUGCCAUGGUCGCAGUGGAUGAUGUCAUGGCUCCCCUUCUGUGUGGGACGUUUUUGGCUGCCUCGUCCAUCCUGUGUGUGAACAUGUUGGUCGCCCUGCUGACUGACACCUUCACGAGGGUGCAUGACAACUCGAAGGCCAACGCUGUAAUGCAGCAAGCCACCGUCAUCCUGCAGGUCGAGGAGUCCAUGCCCCUCCUCCGCCGUUUCUUUGACAACCAGUACAUCUCUGACCGCUGUGCACCACUGGCCGAAGCCUACGACGAUGACAUUACAACAAACCCCCGUUACCAUAAUGAGAUGGGCCGCAUCACAUCUCAGAUUAAAAAGACCCUGGAUCAGUUCCUGGUGCUGCAGAAAGACAAGGACCUAGCAGAGGGCCAAGGGGUCAAGAAAGACCAGAACCAGGACCAGAACCUGCCCAACCAGGAGCUUCAGGACCAGAACCUGCACAACCAAGAGCUUCAGGACCAGAACCUGCACAACCAGGAGCUUCAGGACCAGAUAGUGAACAAGCAGGAGCUCCAAGCUAUCAGAGAGGAACUGAAACAGCUCCGGACUCUGGUCCAACAGCUAGUUCAGACCAGGACUGAAUCAGUUUAACAGAUCUGAGACUGAGAGGCCAUCAUACCUGACAGAUCUGUGCAGACCUAGACUCAUUAAAACCUACCAGAGAAGGCUGGAUUAAAGAAUGAAUCAGCAGUCCUCUGUGGGCUUUAGAACAAUGAUAAACUUUAGAGUUUUUAACAUGAACUAUGUUGAAGUUGUGAAUUAAUUCUGAUCUUGUUUAAUGCAUUUAAUUAAAAUGUGGAGACAAACAAACAAGCAAACAAAAAAAAAUGCAUCAUCAUGUAACUUUAGCAAACAUCCAUCAAAAGAAGAGUAUCGAAUGAAAAUAAAUGUGACUGAAAGCUGCACUGAAGAGUUUUUAGAUAUAAUAAAACAGACUGAAAUCAAUAUUUAUGUAUGUACAUGAUCAAAGCAAACAAAGCAUCAGAAAAUAGAUUGAUCAUCGCAAAAUAAUGAUUUCAUAUGCAUGUCAUCCCUGCAGGGUCAGUGGAGGAGGAGGA